GAGUCACGACCCUCCGUUUGCCAUGUGCAUGGUGGAAAAGUAAGUGUGAAGCUGUAUUUAUUAAACGUAAAUAAAGUAAGCAAAGCCGCUCGCUGUACCCGCAUAGAGAGGAGGAAGCUCCGGCAGAACGAGGGAUGUGUCAGGCCAGUUGUCAAAAGAAAAACACUACAGCGUAAGUUAGCCGAUAAGCUAACGGAGUAGUCGUUAGCUAGCUGAAGUUAGGUUUCGCCAUGGCUCUGUACUUGAAAGCCGCUGAGAUCCUGGAGAAAGCCGAGAGUAAGCAGGGCGCUUUGAAAACUCUGGUUUACGACAGCAAAUUUUCCAACAUCAAGCAGCUGUUCGCUCUGGUAUGCGAAACUCAGAAGUUUUCCUCCGUCCUGGAGGAGAUCAUCGAGUCCACCAAGCUGCUCAAACAGACCAAGCUGAGGAUGCCCCUGGCCAAAGUGCUGGUGUAUGACCUGCUGCUGGGCCAGGGGGUGAAGUGCGGCGGCUCCUGGAAGACCAUGAUGAUGAAGCAUCGCCCUAGACUGCAGGCGGUGCUGGCCCGCAUGAAGGUGAAGAAGAAGGUCAGCAGGAAUGAGGACCUGCUCCCGGCCAGCGUCCAGCAGCGUGUUGGGGACCAGCUGCCCAGGUAUGUGCGUGUCAACAUCCUGAAGACCACUGUAGAGGAUACUGUGGACUAUCUGAAGAGAGAGGGCUUCACCUACAGGGGACAGGCCUCCAGGCUGGAUGACUUCAUCCUGAAGGAGAAGAACUUUGUGAAGGACCUGCAUCUGCCAGAGCUGCUGGUCUUCUCUCCUAAAACUGACUUCCAUGACCACUUCCUGUACAAGGCCGGACACAUCAUUCUGCAGGACAAGGCCAGCUGCCUCCCAGCGUACCUCCUCAACCCCCCGCCUGGCAGCCAUGUCAUUGAUGCCUGCGCUGCUCCUGGCAACAAAACCAGCCACCUGGCAGCCAUCAUGAAGAACAAGGGCAGACUGUUUGCCUUUGAUUUGGAUGCCAAGCGUCUGGCCACCAUGUCCACUCUCCUGCUCCGAGCUGGGGUCACCUGUCAGCAGCUUGCCAACGAGGACUUCCUGAAGGUAGACCCUGACAGCCCGCAGUUUAAAGAUGUGGAGUAUGUCCUGCUGGAUCCAUCUUGCAGUGGGUCAGGUAUGGUGUGUCUACGGGACGACCCGUCCUCUGAUGACCAGGAGAAGGUUCAGGCUCGUCUGGCCUCCUUGGCCUCCUUCCAGCUGCGGUGCCUGAACCAUGGCCUCAAGUUCCCUCGCCUGAAGCGCUUGGUCUACUCCACCUGCUCCAUCCACAGCCAGGAGAACGAGGACGUUGUCGCUGCCUGUCUGCAGCAGAACCCCAACUUCAGGUUGGUCCAUCUGCUGCCUCAGUGGCCUGAACGAGGCCUGCAGCCGCUCACUCAUUGCCUGCGUGCCAGCACAGCCAAGACCCGCACACACGGCUUCUUUGUGGCUCUGCUGGAGAAACACAGUGAGGCUGCGAACAAGAAGCAGGAGCCAGUGGUUCAGAUAAGCGAGCCAGAGGUGACACCACCCAGCCCGCCCACCUGCGAGAAAAGACCUGCAUCAUCAGAGGAAGAGUCUGAAGCUUCAGAGACGGAGGACAAACCGACACCUGCAGAAGGACAGGCUGAAGGCACACCUGGCAAGAAGAAGAGGAGGAAGAGGAAAAAGAAGAAGAAGAAGAAGGCAGCGGCAGCAGUGGAGUGAUGAAGAGUUUGAAACUGGACUGCUAUAGCAUGUUGUCUGGAGGGAGUGUGUUAUGUAGAGAGCUCCAUUAAUGUGGAGAAUGUGACGGAAAAGUAAAGAUUAUUUUUUACUGUA